AUUUACGGUAGUACUGUAGCCUUUUGACGGCAACGACGGAGGAAUCCACCCUUUCUGUUUAUCAAUCCGCCACUGCGAACCCUUUGGACACCAUCCCUGGCUGGACCCUGACUCUCAAAAAGCGACGCUUAACGACGGCGUUCACCUUCUCCGUCUGCCGCCCCACGCUUCUGGGCUUUCCUAUCACUGUAACCACAGCGCUAUAGCAUCGUCGUAAUCGUCCCCCACCACGACCUCGAACACCAGGCACCACGACUCCAGUCAAGGUCAAUUCUUUCCCUCUAGGAAGACCGAGGAACCUCCAAAAACGCCGACCUCAGGAAACCGACCGAGACUGGCAACAGAGCCACCAUGGAGAACUACCAGAAGCUAGAAAAGAUUGGCGAGGGAACGUAUGGUGUCGUUUACAAGGCCCGCGACUUGGCCAACAGCGGGCGCAUUGUCGCGCUCAAGAAGAUCCGUCUCGAAGCCGAAGAUGAGGGUGUUCCCUCCACCGCCAUCCGCGAGAUCUCCCUGCUCAAGGAGAUGCGCGACCCCAACAUUGUGCGCCUCCUCAACAUCGUUCACGCCGACGGCGGCACAGGCCAUAAGCUGUACCUUGUCUUCGAAUUCCUCGACCUCGAUCUGAAAAAGUACAUGGAGGCUCUUCCUGUCAGCGACGGUGGUAGGGGAAAGGCUCUUCCCGAAGGUACGGGCGCGGGACUGCACAACUUGGGACUGGGCGAGGAUAUCAUCAAGAAGUUCAUGAGCCAGCUUUGCGAGGGCGUCCGAUACUGCCACAGCCACCGUGUCCUACACCGCGAUCUCAAGCCCCAGAACCUGCUUAUCGACCGCGACGGCAACCUAAAGUUGGCAGAUUUCGGUCUCGCCCGCGCCUUCGGUGUUCCACUCCGUACUUAUACUCACGAGGUCGUCACAUUGUGGUAUCGUGCCCCGGAAAUUCUGCUUGGUGGUCGUCAGUACUCGACCGGUAUCGAUAUGUGGUCCGUCGGUUGCAUCUUUGCCGAGAUGUGCACACGCAAGCCCUUGUUCCCUGGUGAUUCGGAAAUUGACGAGAUCUUCAAGAUCUUCCGUCUGCUUGGAACCCCUACUGAGGACAUCUGGCCCGGCGUCACCUCCUAUCCCGACUUCAAGGCAUCCUUCCCCAAGUGGGUACGCGACUACAACGUACCACUCUGCCAGAACCUCGACGACGUCGGUCUCGAGCUUCUUGAAUCCAUGCUCGUCUACGAUCCUGCCGGCCGAAUCUCUGCCAAGGCAGCAUGCAACCACCCUUACUUUGAGGACUACAACCCCAAGCCAAAGAGCAAAUAUCGCGACAGCAGCAGAUACGCCUAGGGGCAUUC